UAUAAGCGAAGAAAAAGAUUUAAAAAUAAUCCAUUUUCAAAUAACAUCGUAUUCGAUCAUAAUUCCUCAACAUUUAUUUCUGCUCCAAUUUUAAUUAGUACAACCAAUAAAGUAGUUACCAUUCCAUUAUCAACCACACCCAACUCAAUGUCUGCCUCAACUUCAAACUCUUCUUCACCCUCUUCACCAACAUUACUAUCAAUAAAUAAUAAUAGUAGUAUCAAUAAUAACAAUAAUAAUAGUGAUAUUGUUAAAAAUUUUAGUCACGAUGAUUUAUUAAAUAGUAAUGUAAAUAAUAUUCCGAUCAAUAAUAAUAAUAGUUUAAUAGAUCCAUCAUCAUCACCACCACUUUCAUCCACACCAACCUCUGGUAUUUUACCAUCAGUAUCAUCACCAACCUCAUGGACUAAAGCAGUUAAAAGACCACAAAAUGGACCAUCAGUUUCAUUAUCUGGUAACAGUAUACCAAUUGUUAAUAAAGAAUUAUUAAAUAACCAACUAAAUAGUCAACAAAAUAAUAAUAAUAAUAAUAAUAAUAAUAAUAUAAACAACAACAAUAAACAGGAACCACUUUAUGAUAAUAUACCAACAGGUGGUAUAAUAAAACAAGGUUGGAUGAAAAAAAGAGGCACUAAAAAUAAAUCAUGGAAAAAAAGAUAUUUUAUAUUGGAUAUGAAAAAAACAUUGAGAUACUAUAAAGAUAAAUCACACCAUAGCGUAAAUAAUGGUAAUAAUGGAAAUAAUAAUAAUUGUAAUGGUAAUGGUAAAAACGAUCAAAUCAUUGUAAAUAAUAUUUCAUCACCUAUAAACAGUAAUCCUCAUUUAUCGGGUAGCACAAAUAAUAUAAAUAUAAAUAACCCAAAUAAUAAUAAUAAUAAUAAUAUAAAUAAUAGUAUAAACAAUACAAAUAGUAUAAGUUUAUCAUCAAACUCAUCAUCAUCGACAUCAAAUCUUUAUGAAAAUACAUCAUUUGAAAAUUUAAGAUAUAAAGGCUCAAUUGAUUUAUACACCUCGUUAGUUGUUGCAAUUAAACCAAAUACUUGCAAUGUAAAUAUAAAUAAUAAUGUUAAUAUUAAAGAAGAUAAUACACAAUAUUUUGGUAUGGAUAUUAUAACCCCAAAAAGAACCUGGAAUUUAUGCUGUGAUUCUUCAAAAUCAAUGGAUGAAUGGUUAUUAGCAUUAAAAAGUGUUCAAAUUAAUAAAUAA